GUGAAGACAAGUAUGGAUACGAAGAUGCAGGUGAAAGAUGGAUGCCUGUACAUACAGUUGAAACCAUCUUAUUGAGUGUUAUUUCAAUGCUCUCAUCUCCAAACGAUGAAUCGCCCGCAAAUAUUGAAGCUGCU